GCAGCAUAUUAAUUUUACUAUUAUUUUGGUGGAGUAAGUGUAUCAUAACAGCUUUUAUAAAAAUAAAAUCAAUAACACAGAAAUCCUCUGUUUUAAAAAUGAAAUUGGACCAAAAAUAAAACCCUAAAAUUUUGUCUCUUCCAUUUAGGUCUAUACUGUUUUGGCCUGCAAGGGAUAUUGAGACAUAAUAUGAGGACGUGAAGGUCAUUGAAAAUUUAUAACUUAGAAAACUUUAUAGCUAGGUAGUCUCUUGAACAUAAACGGGUCACAAUUGUGAUGGAGUAACAUUGUGCAUUAGUGAAAAAAAGUAGGAUUUGGGGAAGACCAAAUUUUUUUUAAAACCUUUAUUUUUUAACUUUGUAGUCCAACAAUGCAAGAGAAGACAAUCUUUUUUUGAAGUUAAACUUCUUUGCUUUACUUCUUUACUUUCCAGCGUUAAGAAAAUUCCGAUCGCAUGAGGGGAAUGAAUAGGUUAUAAUGCAGCAUAAUUGCAUACUUUCACACUUACAUACUUAUGCAAUAGCAUAAUUCAGCUCUUGCUUACUUGCAUAUAAUUUUAUUUUGAUCUGCAACCUCAGCUAAAGAGAGUAUCUUAUCGAUUCUUGGGCGGUCUGAUACAAAAUAUCAGACCGCCCAAGAAUUCUGUUAAGAAAUUUAGUCAUGAAAAAUAACAGCACAGAAGAACACAGUGGGGUCAACAAUGACUUACAGUUUCAACAAGAACAGUAAAUACAGACAGACGACAAAACCUGCGGACAACACAGCAAACAUACGAGAACAAUGGUGAAAAUAAACAGGCAUUGUGGACAAAAAAAAAGAGACGACAGCACAGACGAAUGUAGGUCGGAGUGGCAGAGCGUGGUGGGGCUGGAGGUCCACGCGCAGAUCACGUCCUCGUCGAAGCUGUUCUCGGGGGCGUCGGCCCAGUUCGGCGGCCCCGCGAACCAGAGCGUGGCCUUGUUCGACGCCGCCGUCCCGGGCACCCUCCCGGUCCUCAACAGGAGGUGCGUCGAAGCCGGCAUCUUGACGGCUCUCGCCCUGUCGUGCCGCGUCAACCCCGUGUCAGGGUUCGACAGGAAGCAUUACUUCUACGCAGACCUUCCCGCUGGCUACCAGAUCACGCAGCAGAGGGCCCCGCUGGCCUCAGGGGGGCAGCUGCAGUUCCCGGUGCACGUCCCGGGCGCUCGCGGCCGGCGCUACGACAAGACGUGCCGCGUCCACCAGCUGCAGCUGGAGCAGGACAGCGGCAAGUCCCUGCAUGACGAGGAGGCCGGCAGGACGCUGGUGGACCUGAACCGCGCCGGCGUGCCGCUCAUGGAGCUGGUGUUCCGGCCGGACCUGGCCGACGGGGAGGAGGCGGCCGCCCUGGUGCGGGAGCUCAUGGUGGUCCUGCAGCGACUGGGCACCUGCUCCUGCCGCAUGGACGAGGGGGCCCUGCGAGUGGACGCCAACGUGUCGGUGCGCCGCCCCGGCGACCCCCUGGGGGUGCGCACGGAGAUCAAGAACAUCGGCAGCGUGCGGGCGGUGGCUCACGCCGUGCAGUUUGAGGCGGAGCGGCAGGCGGCCGUGCUGGAGGCGGGGGGCAGCGUCACCAACGAGACGCGCGUGUGGGACGCGGCGAGCGGCCAGACGCUGCCCCUCAGGGACAAGGAAGUGCUGCAGGACUACCGCUUCAUGCCCGAGCCGAACCUGCCGCCCCUCCGGGUGGAGCUGGAGAGGGUUGUCAGCCCUGACCCCGAGCACGUGCUGAGCGUGCCCGCGCUGAGGGCUCGGCUGCCAGAGCUGCCCGCCGACACCCGGCGCCGGCUGCGCGAGCUCCACGGGCUACCAGCCGAGACCGCCGCCAUCUUGGUGAACGAAGAUGUACUGUUGAAACAUUUCCUCACCAUAUCUGAAGAAAAAUCUGAGAGAAAUCCAACCAUCACAGCAAAUCUACUUAUAAUGGAUUUCUUGACAGCAUUAAAUAAAAACAAUAUUUCGCUAAAUGAGAGUGCUGCCACGUCGGCGGCCCUGGGCGAGGUGGUGGACCUGCUGCAGGCGGGGUCGGUCAACUUGGCAACAGUGCGCAAGAUCCUGGAGGAAGUGGUCGUUGGCAGCCCUCUCACUCCCAGCCAGAUGGUGGAGCGGCGGGGGUGGGCGCAGAUCGCGUCCGCGGACGGAGUGGAGGCCGUGUGCCGCCGGGCGCUGGAGGAGAACCCCGCGAUGGUGGCCCAGUACCGCGGGGGCAGGACCCAGGUGUUCAAGGCGCUCAUGGGGCGGGUGGCCGCGCUCUCGCAGGGCCGGGCCAACAUGGCGGUCGCCGCCCGGACCCUCGAGCGGCUGCUGCGCGAGUAGCCGCCGCUUGGGCCGGCUCGAUUCCCGUUUCCUGUUGCUGUUCUUAGUUUUUAUAAAUGGACGUAGUUAUGCAAAAAGGAACCAACCCACAUGAAACUAGACACCUGCGAGUACUCGAAAUUCGAGUUUCGAGUCGAGUUUUUUAGUAAUACUCGAACUCGAGCUCGUGGCUUUUCAACAACUCGAAAUUCGAGCGAGCUUUUCUUGCACUGUGCCUAUAAAAAAAAGACUCAUUAUAUCGGAAUAAAAGUCUUACAGCACUAUUAUCCUUUACUUUAUAAUGUAACAUGAUCGACCGUAUACAUGAACACAUCAUUUUUACGUACCCGGGAUUUACGAAUUUCCGUGAUUAAUUUUUUUUACUUCUAUAAUUUUCCGCAUAGCAUUAAUGUAUCACUUUCCUGCUUUAUGCGGAAGUAUUUCCCGCUUUAUGCGGAAACAUUUCCCGCAUUUUACUGUAAAAAGCGUUUAAAUUGUCCGGGGUCUCAUCAUUUACGCCAUUAAAUGUGUGAUAUAAAGUCCAGUUUAAAAUUUUUAUGAAAGUUCCUGCCAGUAAUGGCGCACGUAAAAAUAAAUAUGAAGAAAAGACAAAUGAACAACAACUUACGAAGAAAUAUGGAUGAUGUACCAUAACUACAGUACAAUUCCAAUAGUUAUCUUAAGAUAAUUACCAUAAAAAGAACUAAAGAUUCUUUGUAGAUACCAUAACUACUGCAGAAGCAUGAUAGUUACCACAUUUGCACUAUAGUUGCCGUAAUAACCGAGAUGUGUAUUUACCGUGAUGGUAAUGUAUUUAUUUAGGACAUAUUAAAAUUAAAGAACAUUAUUGAAAAAAAAGGAUGUUAAAUCUUGAUAUGUACGGUUGGCACAUGUUGCUAAGAAAUAAUGUGAUCUGAAAGAAUGCAGUACUACUACGAAAAGUGAAAAGGGUACUUGGAUUUUUAGGUUAUGGCAGUCUCUUUCGUUUUUAAGUAAUAUCGGCCGAAAAUUAACAAGAGUAUUGGAAGUUGGCAGAAAUGCCGAUUCAACUAAAUAUUGGCAAAAUCGGCUUCUUCAGUACAGCUCUACAUUUGAUGACAUGAGUAAACAUAUUUCAGACUACAGGACAUUGAAGAAGACUUUAAUUUCCAUGUAAAUUUAUUGUGCGUAAGUUUUUUUUGCAAGUGUAAAUUGAAUUAAGUAAAAUGCUUCUAUUUUUAUUACUUUAAAUUGAUUAAACUUAAUGACAAGUUACAGAUAUUUGACACUAAUUUUGAGGUUAAACAAUUUGGUAAAUAUGUAGAGUAACGGUAUAUGCGAAAAAAAAAUGCUAAAAAUCCGAAAAUACUUUUAUUCUAUGCUAUUUCACUUCCUCUUUUCAAAUCAACCGGCGGAGAUAAGAAAUUCCAAAUACUUUAGGAGAUAUCCAAUUUUUUAAUUUUGAACAUUUAGAGUAGUGGUAUUUGCGGGGAAAAAAUUCUAAAAAUCAGAAAUUACUUUUAUUAUAUGCUCUUUCACUUCCUCUUUUCAUUAAAACCGGCGGAGAUAAGAAAUUCCAAAUACUUUAGGAGAUAUAGAAUUUUUUAAUUUUGCAAUACAACACCUGUACAACCAUUAGACCGACGCCAUUUUUGUUAUUUUGCCGUGUGUUCGUGAAUGCGUAAUAAAUAAAAUGGUCGAUUAGGUCAGGUCAUUUACCUUAUUAAUACUUUCAAACUAAGCGGACAUAAAAAAAUGUGAAUUAAUUUCAAUGGUUCUUUAGUUUUAAAGUAUUUAUAAUGUAACUGACCUGACCUAACAAACCCGGACAAAUGAUGAACAUUAACAACUCACGUAAAAUAUUUUUGUUACUUAUUACUUGCGCAACAAUAUCCAAAUAAAAAAUAAGACUUUAAAAUUAGAAACGUUAAAAACCCACCUAAGUUGGAGGCGGGUACAUUUCCUUUGCCAUUAGAAGGAAAUGAUGUAGCCGUUCACCUACGUCGCGAUACCUCCGACAGAACAUUAAUAAAUAAAUAAAUAAAUAAAUAAUCACGUAUUGGUUCAUUUGAAUACUGGCCAAUCACGGAACUGUCACAUGACAGAAUUGUCCAAUAAGAAACAUAAUAGAUACUCGUAAACCAGAAACAAUGUUGAUCGCCGCAUGAAUACCCAGGUAUUGUGAUGAAAAUUAAAAAAUUCGAUAUUCCUAAAGUAUUUGGAAUUUCUUAUCUCCGCCGGUUGAUUUGAAAAGAGGAAGUGAAAGAGCAUAGAAUAAAAGUAUUUUCGGAAUUUUAGCAUUUUUUUUCUGCAUAUACCGCGACUCUACAUAUUUGCCAAGAAUUUUACUAAAGCAUUCCAGCCACACAGGUUGCCAGCGAGAGACGCUUCUCUUCUGCUGUAAACACCAUCUCCAAUCGUAGAGCUAAUUUAACUCCUGGACGUGCAGAACAAAUUAUUUUUCUGCAAACAACAUGAUUUUUGGUGCUCAGUUAGUUGAAGCUCAGUAAGGACUCCAGAAAAAUUGACAAGGAUGAAAUUAUUCCAAAGAUAUGUUACAUUUACACAAACAUAUACGUACUUGUAAACUGUGGUUAUGUUAGUUGGAUGAUAUCAGUUACUAAUGAACCAAUGGAAACAGGUUAGAUUCAAUGGAAAACAUGUUUUUUUUCCUAGCAGUGCAAAUUAUAAAAGCACUCUGUAAAUAGUUACCCAAAAUUAAUAAGCCCACUUCAUUUUAAUACUUUAUUCAAACAUUAUACCUACUAAGUUUAAGGUAAAAAUAAUUUCCCAAAAGUGUAACUGUAUCACAAAAGCUCAAGCUUCGAGAACUUUCAAGUAGGCUCGCUCGAGCUUGGCUCAAAGUAAAAUUCUUAGGCUCGCAGACCUCUAAUGUAGGUCUAUCUAUUUAGUAGGCUAACAAUGAUAAUGGUUUCUUUUUUUAUUUCCAUAUUUUUCUCAAAAGUUCUCACAUUUUAUUACUCCAUCACAGUAAAUUUAUGUGCAAUAAACUUAAAAAAAAAA